CGGCAUAUGUCAUCUGUCAACAAGUGCCAUCCGUGCACUUUCCCCACUUCGCAGAUCAGGUUAAUAACCGACCAUAAGCGGGAAAGUAGUUGUGACUCUGUGUAAGGACAAAUACCCUCGGUGGCUUUACGCACAGCGGCAGAGAUGGCGAAGAGUUCCUCCAGAAAGACUCUGAAAAGUUUGUUCUCCAGGAGCGAAGCCAACCUGACAGAUUCGGUGGACAAGGACAAGAAUGAGGGAGAGAAGAAGAGAUUCAAGUUCUUAAAGUUCAAGACAAAGCCGAAGAGUGACCCUGCCCCCGUCCCGACUAAUGAGAGCCAGCAGCUGCACAGUGCUGUUGAGGAUGGAGAAGCAACGUCUGACAACAUCACCUCAGACAACAAGAGGUCUUCUCUCUACGGCACCGCACCCAGGUCAAAGAACAAAGAGUUGAGCUACUCAGAGUUGGACCUGCGAAAGCCAAAAAGGUUUGCUACCUUCUCCUUUGGUUUUAAAAAGAGAAGAAAGAAUGAAGAGGGAAUCUCUAAGAGCGUAUUUGGCCUUCAUCGACCUGAUAUUGAAGAGCAAGAGGAGACUCCUUCGGACCUCAGUCAGUUGGAGUCGGAUCAGGCCAACAGGAAGUUCAGCAUGUCUCAACCAGAGCUGGACACCUUCGAUACAUUCGACAUCCCUUCUCCUCCCCCUGUGACCACAAACCAAUCAGAAUCAUAUUUUAUUCUCCAAAACCAAUCACAGUCAUCUGGUUCAAGUAUAUUUGACGUACAUAAGGAACCACAGAAAGCACCGAUUGCUACCAUCCCUGAGAUGGAUAAUCUGGGCUCAUUGGAGGAGAAAGAGAACAUUCCUGUUCAUUAUAACUCCGAUCCAUCUGCUCCUAAGACUCUAACAGAAGCCACCUCCGAAAACCAAACUGUACCUAGCCAACCAGCUAGCCAGCCUUCAAGCUCUGAUCACAAAGCUGUCGCUGGUAACCCCACAAGCAAUGAUUUGAGUGACAAUGAUAUUCUGCAGCAGUUUAAUACAACAGAAAUCCCUUUCACCGAAUCCCCCAGAGUUACAGUAUCACAUAAUCAACCUGAAGCCCCUGACAUAGCUUCCACGCAAAAUGGCAAACUCUCACUAGCAGGUGUUGACUCUAAAAUUGACGCUACAAUUACCGACUCAAUCCCUGCUCCUCACCCUAAAGACUCAACUGUAGUCACAGAUUUAACUUCUGUCCACCAAGAAUUCUCAAUUUCUGGAUCUGAGAAAUCUACUCCUGAAACUGCCUCGAGUGUAAUCACAACUUCAGCUGUUGGUAAGGAAAAUAGUUCUCCUGUCAGCGAAUAUGCUGCUUAUGGAGCUUUGUAUGACUCUCUUUUCCCCCAGAGUUUUACCUCGGAGAUAUUGUCAACCCCUAUAUCAAACCCUCCACCUAAGGUCCAUACUGAGAUUAUUCAUCUUAACACCACAUCAAAGCCUGUCGUGGUUAAAACGCUUAAUGAAUAUCAGACAGAAACUAUUGAUAUUAACCCCAGAUAUCCACAUUCCUGGCUCAGUUCAGGUUCUGCACCAGUUGACAAUGAUACAAUUCCUUACUCAGAGAUGACCCACCCACUUUCAGAGGUGAAAUCAGACAGUUUUAGCCCUAUUCAAGACAAUGUCAGUUCUGUGCCUGAGGUUGAAAGCUCUGCCCCUCCCAUUUCUGAAUGUGUAACAUCCCAAGCGGCAGGCACUCGGGUUACUGCCUCUGAACAGAGAGUGAACCCAUUCAAACAGUUAGUCGAGGACGAAGCAAGCACCGAUCCUGUCAGUCCCGUCAGUCCUGUGCCUGAAAAAAUGAGCGCAUCAAAGUGUCUUGAGAUAAGAAUUGAACCAAGGGAGUCUUUUUUUGCUCCUUCUGGACCGACGGAGAGCUCUGAAGGGCCUGUAAGUCCAGCAUACCUGAGCGUGGGAUCAGAUGAAGGCAGUGGUAUGGAGAUCUACUACAGUGCUGAAGAAGACAACACAGAUGAGAGCGGGGGAGAAGAGAUGUACACGAUGAAGGAAAGGGGAGAAAUGUCAAUGGAAGACGGGGGGAGAGAGGCUGAGUUUCCACAGCGAGAGGAGAGUGCAGAAAGAUGGAUAAGAAAGAGAGAUGAGGGAGAAUUUCGGGGGUUGAUUGUUAAAGUGCAAAAUGAAGUAGGCAAAAUAGGCAAUGACGAAAGGAAAGAGAGAGUCAAUAGCCAAAUUGAAGUGGAGAAAAAAGUAGCAGGUCAGAGGCCACAGGCUCAAGUGCAGGACAUUGAGACGUCUACGUUUCUUGUAGGCGGUGAUGCAAGGAGUCAGGAGAAAGGAGUAGCAACCACAGUAUGGCCACAGGUGAGAGAAGAGGGGGAGGAGGAAGGAGAGAAGGAAUUACUUGCCACACCGGUUCAGCAGGUGAAAACACUGAUGGUAUGCAACUUUGCUCCACCCUCCACUGAGCUGCAUGGGCAGGGGGAGGGGUCCAGGGGAAACUGGACUGAGGAAUUGGAGAAAGAAGACCACUCUAAUGGGGACAUGCAACUCCUGAGUGAGGUGAUACAGUAUCGGAGUCACAAAGGCAUCAUGAGCUCUGUACAUGCUGAUUCCAGGAUCACAACAGAGGGAGACAUGCUCACACCCAGGUUAAGAGAGGCAGGAGAGCUAGUUUCACUCACUGCAGUGCCACACAACAUAGUUGAAGUGAGCAAAGAAAGCAUAAAAAGCAGCAGUGUCACUACAGCAAGUGCAGACACAGAUACGCCUGCUAGGGUGCAGGUUGUCACAAGUACUUUGACUCGCAGGGCUGAUCUGCAAUCAGAUGCCACGGAGGUUGAACACAAUAGGGUUCUAAAGAGUAGUGAGUGGGUGGAUACAAUUACUCAGAGCACAUACAGAACCAGGACGGUGGAAGAACAGGUGGCAGUCGAGUUGUCAGCCCCGAACGCAGACACACAACGUCCUGCUGCAGAGACACAGAUACACACAUCAGAGAAAUACAAGCAUCCGGCAGAAGUGCAACCCGACCUGAACCAGGGAUCCCUGACAGUAGCUUCAGAAGUCUUUGUUUUAAAGAAUCAGCUGCCUAAAGCCGAAAAGGAAUCUGUGGGCGAAAUGAGCUCAGGCUACAGCAGCCUGAGCACCAAACUGUCCCUAAAGAAUUCAUCUCUCCCUGAAGAGGAUGAUACCACAUUUAAAUACCGUAAAGUGACUGAAGCCAAUACCACUGAGGAUAGCCAGGACACGGCUACAGAUACAGGCUCAGAGUACAGAUGGAAGAACAAAUUUGACGGAGUUUCUCAGUACAUACCGUACACAAAAGAGUCUUCCUCCUAUUCUGAUCUCCCAGAGGCUUCAGCAUACAAACACCUGAGUGACCCCUCCCCCUCCCUCUAUUCAGAGGAUCGCUAUGGCAGCAGACUGACUGACAGGAGCAGGAUUUAUCAGAGCUAUGAGAGCGAGCCAGCAGAGGCACCAAAGGAGGAGUGGAAGCGGAGUUUAGUGGAGGAGGAGGAGCCUGCUGCACCUGCCAUGGAGAGAGAGGCAGAGUCAGAGAGGAUAAAGUCAGGCUGGGACUCACAGCAGCUGCCUUCGUCUAGCUUCACCUCGACACAACAAUCCAUCCAGGACACCUUCGACAGUUUCCAAGACAAAGACGACGACUCAUUCCGUUUUACUGGAGUGUUCAAGGCCACGCUGGUGGAGCUAGUUUCCGAGCCUGCAGCUCGCCCCUCCACUCCCCCUUCCUCCCCCGACGCAGACUCCCCGUACCAGUUGGACAUGGAUAGCCUAGUGGAUACCCUGAAGAACAUGGGACCUUCCUUUAGACCCAGGAACACAGGACUUCGUGGGCCUCCUCCGGUCCUCCUCUCCUCCCUGCCACCGAUCAAUGAGGAUGCUCCCAGCCCCAUCACCUUCGACAUGCCUGACUUCAUCAGGAGCCCCACUAAAAAGAUGGAGGCAAUGGGAAACCCUGCAGAGUCAAUCAAAGUAAAUUACACUCUGCCUGCUGAUCUGGGACUGAAGAGGAACAUCACCAGAGACACUCGCUCACCACUGGAACUACUCAAGCAGAACCAGCAGGAGCAGCAGCCGCCUGGAUCCAAUAUGCUGAACUUGCCCCUGAGAGUGUCUGCAACCAACAGUCUAGUAAUGAGAACAUCCUUUGACUCUUCGCCUGAGGAAUUAAAAUCCCCCGUGCUGAAUGGAAAUGGAUUGCAUUCACCUUCCGGCAUUGGCUCCCGCAUAGACAACAGUCUCAUCUUUAAAAACCACAGGUUAUCAUCCAUAGAUCAGACCAUGGAAAACGGAAAGGCCCAUCACCCGCUCUUCCGCACCGGCUCGCUCCCUGAUACGGGGCUUUCAAACGACCGCAUCAGUAUGGGACACAAGAAGCUCGGUGAACCGGGAACAGAAGCAGGGGGGUCUCGCUUCGAGCGUCUCUCCUUCCUUUUGAACUCCUCGUCGAGCUCCAUGUCCGGGGCCGAAGACCCCAACAGUCGUUUGAGUCGGCCCCCCCUGCUGGGCAUCGGCUCACCCACCUCCAGCAACAGUCCCACCCGCCUCCUCAGCCCCACCAGCCCCAUAGACCUCCAGAGGCCUUACAACACCGCAAACUUCCCCUUAUCCAUGUUCGGCCAGACACAGGGGACUGGUGCAGGUACUGGAGCACUGCGCAAUCCUAUCCUGCAGAGGAGCUUCAGUAGUGAUGGCGGCAUGGGGGGCUACCAGGCCAGGCAAGAAAUGGAGCCUGAGAAGAUUUUAGCAUCCAAAUACAGGGCCUUCCCUGAUGCCUAUCUCACAAAAGAGAAGGAGCAUGGGAAGCUCAAUCCUCGUCCUGGAAAGUUGUAUAUCUUUGACCGACCUGGAAUGUGCGGGCAGAGGCUCGAGGUGCGCAGUGAUGUCAUCGAUGCUACGCCAUGGGACCUGCAAGAGACCAUCUCCAUCAGGGUCGUCAGAGGAGGAUGGGUGCUGUAUGAGAAGCCUAACUUCAAAGGGGAGAAGAUCGCUCUGGACGAGGGAGACCUAGAGCUCACCUCCCCCUUCAACCCCCCAGAGGAGGAACUGCAGAACGGGCAGAUAGAGGGUGGAGAACAGAACGGAGAAUCAAGUGAAGAGAAAACUGAGACUAAGCCUGAGAGGAAGUUCAUCAUCGGGUCCAUUCGAAGAGCGGUCAGGGACUACAGCGUCCCAGAAAUCGGUCUUUUCCCAGAGGAGAACGCAGAAGGGAAGAAGGUCACCUUCAGAGACACGUCUGAAGAUGCCAGGAUUUUUGGUUACCCCAUCAAGGCCAACUCUAUCAUCAUUAAUGCUGGGCUAUGGCUGGUGUACGCACAUCCCUUCUUCCAGGGCAUACCCCGUGUCCUGGAGGUGGGGGGGUUCCCCAAUCCCGCGGCAUGGGGAGUGGAACAGCCCUAUGUGGGAUCACUGCAUCCACUCAAAGUCGGUGAACCUAAAGUGGAAAAUAUAAGUGAACCAAAGAUGGAGGUAUUUGAAAAGCCAUACUUCUCUGGGAAAUCGAGGACCAUCCACAUCGACAUGAGGAACUUCAUGACCAGAGAAGACCGGCAGCAGACGGCCUUUAUGCACAACGUGGGCUCUCUUAAAGUCCAGGGAGGAAUCUGGGUGGGCUACGAGAAGGAGGGCUACCGAGGGCGCCAGUACCUGCUGGAGGAGGGGGAGUACCACGACUGGAGGGUGUGGGGGGGCAUUGACGCCGAGAUGCGCUCCGUCAGGGUGAUACGAGCAGACCUAACAGAGCCCAUGAUGAUGAUGUUUGAGCAGCCAGAGGAAGACCAGGAGGGAAUGGCGGAGGACAACACAUUCGAGGUGACGGACGCCAUUGCUGACGUUGAGCUGUUGGAGUACAAACCCUCCACGCGCUCCAUCCAAGUAUUCAGCGGGGCAUGGAUAGCCUAUUCUCAUGUGGACUUCUCUGGUAACCAGUACAUCUUAGAGAAAGGUUUCUAUAACAACUGUGCUGACUGGGGCUCUCAGGACAACCGCAUCUGCUCCGUGCAGCCCAUCCUGAUGGCUCCAACGGACAGCACAAGGACCAGCAAUCAGCUGAUACUGUACACUGAGGCAGACUUCAAGGGCCAGUGUCACAUCUUUAACCGCAACCAGGAAGAAAUCCCAGAAAAAGUACUGACCAAGUCCUGCAGAGUGUCCGGGGGAAGCUGGGUGCUCUACGAGGAUAGAAAGUACUCUGGGAACUUGUUCGUCUUAUCUGAAGGAGACUACCCCAAUCUGACCAGCAUGGGAUGUCUGCCCGGCUCCUACAUCCGCUCUGCCAAGCUCGUCCCGAUAACAUUCUCCGUCCCCUCCAUCUCUCUGUUUGGCCUGGAGUGUCUGGAGGGCAGAGAGAUCACCAUGGACUCAGAGAUCCACAGCAUGAUGGAAGAGGGCUUCAACAACCACAUCCUGUCUGUCAGAGUCAACAGCGGAUGUUGGGUGAUAUGUCAAUACAGUAACUACAGGGGGCGCCAAUUCCUACUGGAACAAAUUGAGGUCACCAACUGGCUGAAGUUUAGCUCGCUAGAGACUAUUGGCUCAAUGUUCCCAAUCAGACAGAAGCGCCACUUUCUCCGCAUCAAGAACCAAGAGAGGGGUCACUUCCUGUCGAUCCAGGGCGGCGUGGAGGAGCUGAAAUCAGGACGAGUGGUGGUGACACCAGAGUGUGAGCCCAUGAGCGACGUCUGGUUCUAUGAGAACGGCUUCAUCAAGAGCAAGUUGUCCCCCGUCAUGAGCCUGCAGGUGGUGGGCAACGUAGAGCCGGGAGCCAAGGUGGUCCUGUGGGCAGAGACCCGGCAGCCCAUCCAGAACUGGUCCGCCAAGAUGAGAGGCCUCAUCACCAACCUGACUUUCCUUGGCUUCGUCCUGGAUGUCAAAGGUGGCAAAUCCUACGACAAGGACCAUGUGGUGAUUAUGCCGGAGGAUGAUGAGAGGCCAAGCCAACAGUGGGAGAUAGAGCUGCUAUAAAAAGCUCCCAUCUCCCUUUUCAAGCUUUGCUCAGCAGUGCAUCUCUUUACAAACCCAUGAUACCACAGCCUGGGAUCCACUGCUUUAUUUGUUCCCACUCCAUGAAUGAUGUCACUUGUAUGAACAUUGUGAGAGUAAGAAUCUAAAUAAGCACUGAAAAGCUGCACCAAACAGUGCAGUGCUUUGCAGAGUUUUCUAUUUUUCUGUCAUUCAAAUUCUCCCAGUCAAAUUAGGAUUUCUGUAUGCAAGGAUUAAAAAAAAAGAGAAAGUGCCUUCUCCUGCUGCAGAGGUUCAUCACGAGUUGUAAAGCUGGAAUACAAUGUAUUUUUGGAGAAUGUACAUACACUGCAUUGACAGAACAAAUGGACUUUUAUCAAAUCUUAUCACCUUAAUUCAAGUAUUUAACCUAGAAUCUCCCUGUAUGUAUGAUUACUGCUCAUGUACAUUCUGACUGUGGAAGGUUGAUGUAGUUCAUUCUUUGUUAUCCUUUUUUACAAUGAAGCAAACCUAGUUUCCAUUUUAAGACAUUGUUUUCCUGCUGUAAAGAAACAAGGGGCAACCAGUGCUUUAAACAGAUUGUGGCAAAAUGAAGCCAAACAGAUGCAUAGUGUGCAGGAAACGUAUGCUUUGGUUUAUUAAAGGUGUUUUAUGUUAUGUAUGUAUGGAUGUUUAUUUGUGGGACAUGUUGCAGUAUAUCACAUUGAAUUGUGCAGGGCAAGGAUAUGUCAAGUUACCAUGUAUUUGUUGUACUUUUAAAUGUUUAAAUUGUUACAUAUAUUUUACUUUGUGUCUGCAUCAGCUGUAUGUUAAUAUAUAGUCUAUGGUUAAUAUUUGAUGCUGAAGUUGUGAUGUCAGAUUGUAUGUAAGAGGGAGUGGUUUUGAAAUAUUAAAUACAAUUAAACCUUGUUUAUUGGAA